CACUGCGGAGGCGCUGUAGUCAGGGUCGCUGAGUAGCAUAGCUUCAUGCUAACCAUGACGGCACAGGUUUGGGAAUAAAUGAAGCGUUUUAAAACCUCACUAGUUACUUCAUUUAGAUCCUCGCAACCCGACAGGUAUGGACUUGCAGAAUGAGGAAUGUGUUCUUCCCCAUUACAUUGUAAUAGGGUUUUCAUGCUGCAUGUCUGAACACUGUCUUCACUUCCACAAGAGGCUCAUGCAAACUCCAGAAAGUGCAUCAGCAGAGCCUUGUUUAGGUUUUUGCAGUGAUCCAGUUAUGUAACUCCUAACACAUGAGCAACGAAGAGACCCUUGUGUGUGUUUGUUGUCUCUCACCCAUCACUCUGGCAGCGCAGGAGAUCGUGGUUGGGAAGGAGCUGAGUGCCGGCAGGAUGGUGUCUGCCUCAGGCGUUUCUCCCAGCCCUCAAAGUGAGGCCAUGACUAGCGAGCUGCAGGAGCUUUCGCUUCAGUCCAUUCCUACUCUGCUGCCUUUGAGCGAGCGGAAGAAUGUCCUCCAAAUCAAACUACAGCAGAGGAGGACACGAGAGGAGCUCAUCAGCCAAGGAAUCAUGCCGCCGCUGAAGAGUCCUGCUGCCUUUCAUGAGCAGAGAAAAAGUCUUGAGAGAGCACGGACUGAGGACUAUUUGAAGAGAAAGAUCAGGAGUCGGCCCGAGAGGUCAGAGCUGGUGAGGAUGCACAUACUAGAGGAGACGUCAGUGGAGCCAUCUCUGCAGGCCAAACAACUGAAGCUAAAGAGGGCUCGCCUGGCUGAUGACCUCAAUGAUAAAAUUUCUCACCGGCCCGGCCCUAUUGAGCUCAUCCAUAAGAACAUCCUGCCUGUGCCUUCACUCUUAGGUUCUCCAAAGGGUGAGAAUUCUUCAUUGGAUGAGGACAGCAGUGAUGGCCUAUCUCCUGAACAGCCAGGCAGUCAGGACUCUCCACUUGGCUCUGUCCCUCAGCAUUCCCCCUCGGAUAUGCUUAAUCUGAACAGAAACCCCUCACCCACACAGUUCCUUACCCAGGCUGCACCAUCUCUGAUUAAUGCUCCUGAGUCCUCUUCCCCACAAAACCUGACCAACGGAACUUCGAUGGUUGUAUGUGCCCGUCCUCCUACUGGAUCUGCCAAACACUCCCUGUCAAAGUCUAGUGUUGAUCGUUCUGCUCAGCGGACUAAAAAGCCUAAAGAGAACAAACCUAAGGUGAAGAAGCUCAAAUAUCACCAGUACAUUCCUCCUGAUCAGAAGAAUGACCGUGAACCCCCUCCCCAGCUGGAUUCAUCUUAUGCCAAGAUUCUCCACCAACAGCAACUCUUCCUCCAGCUCCAGAUCAUCAGCCAGCAGCAGCAGCACUACAACUAUCACACCAUCCUACCUGCACCACCCAAACGUCCUUCUGAACAGCAGCAGCAACAGCCAGCCAAUUCUGGCCCUUCUCCAUCUCGAUCACUUUCCUCAUCUGCUGCCGCAUCCACUCAGAAUGGAGCUAAUCGUUCAAGCCAGCCAGUGGCAGGAGGGGUCAAGCCAGGAGUACUGCCUGCAAACUUGGAUGAAUUCAAAGUUGCAGAACUUAAACAGGAGCUGAAACUGAGGGGUUUGACUGUGUCUGGCACUAAGAAUGACCUUAUAGAGAGACUGAAGAACUACCAGGAACAGAAUGGUGGUGCAGCAGUAGGAUCUGGACCUGUGAAAACGGUUCAAGUUCUAACUCAGGAAGUGGCAGCUCAGUCUUCCACCUCUGUCCCUGGCACACACCAAUCUAAAGACACCAACGGGAUGGUGGCAGCCUAUCCAGUGACCGUGAGCAGCGGCAUCCAAGCUGCAGCCCUGCCCCAAAUCACACGCUUCAACAGUACAAGCUCCUCCCCUCCUGUAUCUCCUACACCAUCUGAACGCUCAGUGGCUGGAAUGAGUCCCGAUGAGACCAGCUGUAAUGGGGAUGUGUUUGGAGAAAUGGUUAGCUCACCUCUCACUCAGCUGAGUCUGCACCCAUCCUCAGAACAUCCAUCCCCAGUUAAAGAGGAGCCUCUUGGGCAGUCAUCAUGCUGCAUGUCCCACCCUACUGCUGUCCCUUCUUCAGCUACUCAGCCUCAGGAGCAUCCAAUGACAGCCCCACUGGCACCCUCAGCACCUCUGCUGGACAAAGACCAGAUGCUCCAAGAGAAGGAUAAGCAAAUCGAGCAGCUGACCCGCAUGCUAAGGCAGAAACAGCAACUUGUAGAGACUCUGCGCUCACAGCUUGAGCAGGGCAAGCGUGGCUCGACCAUAGAGGGAAUGGAAAUAACGGUCAAGGCUGAAGGAGUAGCCCUGGCCAAUAGAGAGGCUGUGAAGGUAAAAGAGGAAGCAAGGGAGGACAUGGAAACUUCAGCAGAGCCGCAGCCACAACCUCAGAGAAAGAUACAAACACAAUGUUCUCAGCAGACACUGCUCAAAUUGCAGCAAAUCCACCGAUUGCAGGUGCAGCAGCAAAUGCAGUCAGAGCAGUCAAAACAGCAGCAGCCGCAGGCACUACAACAACAGAAGCUGCAGCAGCUCAUUAUCCAGCAGAGCCAGCCGAAGCAGCUACAGGCCAAUCAGAAGAAGCAACAGAGGCCACCAAAACAACAGCAGCAGAAACAACAACCGUUACAGACACAACAGGUCUCCCAAGUGUUUGUCAACCAGCAAAGUGGUACUCAAGUGACCACAUCGUUCCCACUGGAUCUUCUCAAAGCUCAUCCAGCACCCACUCUUGUCACCGAUGGCAAUGGUAACCAUUAUCUCAUUGCACUUACCAAUAACAGUGUGGAUAACCGGAACAGUGAAUCUCCACAAAGCAAAAGCAAUGGACGCAUCACCCUGCAGAGAAUGCAGUCCACACCUGUCAGGCUACCCAGCCAAGCGGCUAAUGAGGAUGCUCAUCCUGUGAACAAAUCCCUACAGUCUCAGAAAACUGCUCCUGUCAAACAGCCUACUUCGAAAGUACAAAAGGCAGGAUUGCAUUUAGAAACGCCUUUUAUUCAAGAGUCAAGUGAGUCAGUAUCAGCCCCGCCCAGUCUUCAUCCUUUUUUCCUUAGUGAGGAGUCCCACCCUCUCAUCGAGCCUAGCUCCCCUGCUUCACUCAAGGGAGAGGUGUGUCCAAGUUUUGACCGACACACUUUAUUUACACCUCCAUCUCCAAAACGGGAAUCCCAUAACCCCCAUCAUGUCAAAGAGAAUUGUUCCAACAAUCACCAUGUCGAUGAUUUGUUUGACAUUCUCAUUAAGAGUGGAGAAAUCUCAGCAGGAUUCAAGGCCAAUCCAGACCCUUCUCUCUCAGAGCUGCACUCCAACCCCCCCUCUCCUCCAUCCUCUCCGCUUCAUCUCUCACCCCCCACUUCUCCAACUGCCCCCACCCCUUCCCAUCAGCCUCCUGACGCACAGCAUCAGUCCUGCUCAGGAAGUGGCCGUCUGGAGGACUUCCUGGAGAGCACCACGGGGUCACCGCUGCUUGGUGUGGAACCUGAUGGUCCGCUGACCCUGAUCGACGACCUCCACAACCAAAUGCUGAGCACUUCUAGUAUUCUCGAUCAUCCCCAUUCCCCAAUGGACACAAGUGAGCUGAGCUUCUCCCCCCAUCCCACCAGCCUGGACUUUGAAGACCCCGUGCUUGAUGGUAUGGACUGGCUGGAUUUAUCCAUGGGAGGAGGGAGCAAUGCGGGAGGGACAGUCCUAGUUCCUCUGAGUUCACACACACCUCCCAGUGUUUUCUCAGCAGACUUUUUGGACAGUUCAGACCUGCAGCUCCAUUGGGACUCUUGUUUGUAGAUUUGGUCUUAAUUGCUUAGCAGAUACAAUGCAACCUAGCACCUUUACUCGUAUACAGUGCACAGCCUUUACACACACACACACACACACACACACGCACCAACAUACAUGCUGUUUCAAAUGCUAAACCAUUUAAACUGGUGUAUAUUUAAGCAUUCACUUGCUUAAUACGUCUACUAAAGCACUGAGUAUUACCCCUUACACUCUGAACCAAACAUAAACAUGGUACAGUGCACUGUAUUCACCUCCUGUCCAAAAAGAGUAACUAAUGUAUUCUCCCCCCCCAAAAAAAAACCCUGAAAAAACCCUCCAAAUAAAUGGUUGCACCAGCUGUUGGGGUGACUGUGUAAUGAGGGUUUUAAGCUCACACAGCUGGUUGCUUAUUGUCCUGAAUAAAUAGUAUUUGAAUCCUGCCGAUUUUUAAAUGUCAGGAUUUUCUGGAGAUAUCCAGAAAGACGGUGUUUAGCUAUGUGAGUUACCUCCCAUGCCAUAUUGCUGUCACUCCACCCAAUUUUCCCUGCUGGCACUGAGAGACAUGGGCACAUAAUGGGAAGAAGGAUUAAGCAGAGAGAUACUCUUCACCUAAUUUCUAAGACUGGCUUUGGAAUAGCUUCCAAAACACCAGUGCUUUUCAACUUUGCACUUAUGCUGACCUGACCAGUAUUCUGGUCUAAGGAAACCUCCAACUGAAAAAACUCUGCUGGGAACUGGGUUUGGUGAUGUUCACCUUGCUCUAUGCAUUGCUGUAUUUGAGGUACAUGUUAUUGACUAAAGCCUUUCUCUUCACUGAUUACAUUUAGCUACUGGAUGUCAGGUUUGGGAUUCAGAUUUCAUAAUAUUUGAAAAUUGUUAUUUUUUAAAAAGAAACAAAAACAAAAAAUAAAAUACAUAAAUGAA